AUGAUGGGUUUCUCGCCUGUGGAGGGGUUCCCAGGUGUGGAGGUGUUCCCAGGUGUGGAGGUGUUCCCAGGUGUGGAGGGGUUCCCAGGUGUGGAGGUGUUCCCAGGUGUGGAGGUGUUCCCAGGUGUGGAGGGGUUCCCAGGUGUGGAGGGGUUCCCAGGUGUGGAGGGGUUCCCAGGUGUGGAGGUGUUCCCAGGUGUGGAGGGGUUCCCAGGUGUGGAGGUGUUCCCAGGUGUGGAGGUGUUCCCAGGUGUGGAGGUGUUCCCAGGUGUGGAGGUGUUCCCAGGUGUGGAGGGGUUCCCAGGUGUGGAGGUGUUCCCAGGUGUGGAGGUGUUCCCAGGUGUGGAGGGGUUCCCAGGUGUGGAGGUGUUCCCAGGUGUGGAAGUUUUCCCAGGUGUGGAGGUGUUCCCAGGUGUGGAGGUGUUCCCAGGUGUGGAGGGGUUCGUCACCUUUGGAGAGGUUCCUCACCUAUUACCUCACCCGUCCUUCGCAGCAGUCAGUGUGGCCAAUAGUAUGGCCAACAGUGUGGCCAAUAGUAUGGCCAACAGUGUGGCCAACAGUAUGACCAACAGUAUGACCAACAGUGUGACCAACAGUAUGACCAACAGUGUGACCAACAGUGUGGCCAAUAGUAUGGCCAACAGUGUUGCCAACAGUGUGGCCAACAGUGUGACCAACACUGUGGCCAACAGCGUGACAAACACUGUGGCCAAGAGUGUGGCCAAGAGUGUGGCCAAGAGAUACCCCGUUAUUACUGAUAUAUUACAAGCUGUAAUAUAUCAGCUUGUACUGAUAAUAGAUAGGCGAGAGCAACUGCCAGGGUUCCAAUAA